AUGCUAGAAGUUUUAUUCAGAUCUUCAGCUACAGUUUAUGACCCUGUUGAAUUUUUAGAUGAUGAGGCUUCAAUAAAACCUCAAAUCCACAUAUCAUAUCAUUAUCAAAGAAAAGUGGAUGCAACCUUUGCUUAAGAUAUUUUAAUCAAGCUGAGGCAAGCAAAAAUGAUAGGUAUGGAAGGGUUCCCAACUAAUUUAAAAAUGAAUUUUCAUAUAUUUGGAUAAGUAGCUUUAGGGAAUCUCGAAUAAUUAUAUGAAUUUGGAAUUGAGUAAAAUACUCAUGAUGGUACAGGUAUUAGAGAUCAUAUUCAUGUUUAGAUUUAGGAGAGACUCACAUAGUUGUAGUAUACUAAUCCAAAUAAAACAAGGAAAAAUGGGAUGGCAAGAGAGGAUUGUCCAGAUUCAUACAAUUUUAUUAAAUCAAAAUAAUGA